UGCCACCAUUGUUUCCGAGGUCCCUUAUCCUCGAGGAAUGGGCAGAAAAAGUUAAGAGCUAAGAAGAUUGCAAUAUGGUAGGAGCUAUUUCAACAACACACCCAGCAAGCAUCGUUUUAGUAUCUUGGACAUCAACCCAAAAAUGUGGCAACGGGUUAUGCAAUAAAGUAAGAAAACCAAAGGCAGUAUCAAUGUCCCUCGGAAACGGAAAUAGAAAUAAUAAGAUUAAGAAUAAAGCAGUUGAAAGGCUCUAUCUGGGGUUGGACUUUGGCACAUCUGGUGCCAGGUUUGCCAUUAUUGACGAAGGUGGCACAAUUCAAGCUGAGGCAAAGAAAGAGUAUCCGCUCUACCCGAGUGGAGAGUCAUAUGACUGGGUACGGUCAUGGAAGGAGACACUGUCUUCGCUGCUUGAAGAUGUCCCACUUGAACUUCGCAGACACAUUGCCUCCAUUUCUAUUGAUGGGACUUCUGCAACAACUAUCAUUGUUGAUAGUGACACUGGAGAACCGUUGUGGAGACCUUUUCUUUACAAUGAAAGUUGUCCUGAUGCACUACCAAUGGUAAAAUCUAUUGCUCCUCCUAACCAUACAGUUUGCACUGGCUCGUCCACUCUGUGUAAGCUUGUCUCAUGGUGGAAUCACGUUGGUUCAGACAAAAAAUCUGCUCUUUUGUUGCACCAAGCGGAUUGGCUUCUGUGGCUUCUUCACGGAAAGCUUGGAGUUACAGAUUAUAAUAAUGCUCUCAAGGUUGGCUAUGAUCCUGAAGUGGACUCAUAUCCUUCAUGGCUAGUCUCUCAACCAUAUUAUCAUCUUUUACCUUCAGUAGUUGCUCCGGGAACUCCAAUUGCUUGUUUAAAGGAAGAAAUUAGAAAUCAAUUUGGUUUUCAAAAGGAUUGUGUUGUAUGCGCUGGAACCACUGACAGUAUAGCUGCAUUUCUUGCAGCUCGUGCUACUCAACCUGGGAAAGCGGUUACUUCAUUGGGUUCAACCCUUGCUAUCAAACUUCUCAGCAACACAAGAAUUGAGGAUUCUCGGUUUGGGGUGUAUAGUCAUCGCCUUGAUGAUAAAUGGCUUGUUGGUGGUGCUUCAAACACUGGUGGAGCUGUUCUUAGACAGCUGUUCACUGAUGAUCAAUUAGACAAACUGAGUGAACAAAUCAAUCCCUCACAAAUUUCUCUUCUGGAUUACUAUCCUCUGCCAAAAGCUGGUGAAAGAUUCCCAGUAGCGGAUCCAAAUUUAGCUCCAAGGCUACUUCCACGUCCAGAAAAUGAUGUUGAGUAUUUGCAUGGGAUUUUAGAAUCCAUUGCGCGUAUAGAGGCAAAGGCAUAUGGGUUGCUAAAGGAGCUAGGAGCAACCGAAGUAGACGAAGUUUUCACAUCCGGGGGAGGAGCCAAAAAUGAGAAGUGGAUAAAGAUAAGAGAGAGGGUGCUUGGUUUACCAGUGUGUCGUGCAAAUCAAACAGAAGCUGCCUACGGAGCUGCAUUAUUGGCUAUAAGGGGUGAUAAAAAAAAUACAUUGUGAAAAUAUUGCACCAUCACAUGUUUGGUCAAGUUGACUUGGAGAUCGUCUCAACUUCUCAGUGUUGCAUUUGAAAGAGUGAUUUAAUUUGUCAUUCAAGAAGUUCCUGAAAAAAAUGUAACUUAUCGUGGAGAAUGAUGGAAGAAAAUUUCAACAAGGUGUUACAUUCUGGAGUUGGGAGUCCAAGUCAUAUGAACAUGUU